AUGGUUGACUACCAGCGAGGCGGGAUUCCUGCCUCUCUUGCACCUGCUCACCGCAAACCCUUACCGGCAGCCCCUCAAAUACCGAUCAACCAAUAUCAGACAGAUCAGCAGAUUCAACACGCAUCACCGCAAACAUAUCCUCUUCGUCGUUCACCCAACCACUCGCCUCAGUACAGCAAUACCCAACAAGUAGUCUCGUCCUCUCACUCCCACACACGAACCAUAUCCUCCAUAUUUCCCAACACAGCGUCGACCCCUUCUCCUCCCCACAGCUCGAACCCUAAUCGACGCUUCUCAUCCCAAACCUCCUCUACGAACGGCUUCUCAAGUACGCAGCCCAACCCAACUAUGACCCCAACCCAGUAUCAACACCACAUCCACCGCAGUGGUACGAAUAACUCUACAAACUCCAACGCCCCUCGCCGAAGCACCUCCUCCCGUUCCUCCACCCUCCUAGCUCCAACCUCUUACGUUGCCCUUAUGCGCAAACAGAAAGCGACAGUCUGGUGUGACCGGUCCCAAACCCUUGAUGCCCGCACCGCAGCCGCCCAAAAAGCAGCCAAACACCGCGCAGCCCUGGAAGUGCACGGUGCAACCUCCGGCCGAACCUCCACAAUCGCCAGCGGCAAAGUCCGCUCCGCCAAAGCCGGAGCCUACGUCCCUGCCAAUCUAUCCGGCGUCAGCGUCCCCGUCCGGUUGUCCGCGAACGAAAUGCUCGGCGAUGAAGAAGAAACCAGAAGUAUCGGCGGCGAUGCCGCAAGCGCAACAGCGAGGAUACACAACCGAAGCGGCAGUGGCCGAAGCAGCGUGCAUAGCGGCAAAUAUCCAUCCGGCUACCCUCGCCCAAUUCAAGCCAGCGGUGCCGCUGGCAGAUUCAGCACGAGCAGCACCCCUCCUUCCGGCAACGAAGGAGCCGGCAGUCCCGAAGCGAACAUACCCGAAGUCUCCGAAGGCCCUUAUACCAACCAUCAUCAUCGCCAGCAGCCGGAAAAGGACUACUUCACCACCUCCAUCAGCGGCGGUAGUGGUACCAAGAGCGUCGGCACGCCCAGCUCCGGAGACACAGGAGCUUCAGGCGAAGAAGACCGAUUCGGUGAGGCGGGUGAGCUGCGCGGUCCGUCAAGCCAGUCCGCGGUGGCGAUUGCGGCCGAACAGGCGAAGAAGGCCGAGGAGUUGAGGAGGAGGGGAAGUGUGGAUGAGAGAACUAUGACGAUGGGGGGCAAGGGGAGGUUGUUUGUUGCGAAUCCGGAUUAG